UGAUCCUGAAAGCCCGAGCCUCACUCCGUCCUGGUUUAACUCGACCGCAGGAGCCUCAGUCCGACCCUUCGGUUUUCCUCAGAGACUCGGCCAUGGGGACUUUCUGUGCACUGGCUUCCUGUUUACUGCUCGCCGUGGGAGCGGUGACGGCUCAGACAGAGCCGAGUCACACCAACGAGCGGCCGCUGCCUCAGUGGCUGACCGGCAUCAUCGCCAUCUCCGGCUUCCUCUUCCUGGCCUUCGUUGCCAUCCUGGUGAAAAAAGCCUGGUGUGAAAAGCCCUACAGCAGGAGCAGCAUUGAAGAAGAGAGAGAAAAUGAAUUUGUCAACAGCAACAACUACGGCACACACCUUAGCGCCAUCAGCAAGAGGAACAGCGCAGAUGCAGUGAAUGAAAACGCCUACGAGACGAGCCUGGAUGCCUUCAGGAGCAAAGAUGCACCACACGCCUACGACAACCUGGCAAUCAAAGGCAACAAAACUACCGUCAUGUGACCACCAUGUCGCCACCCCCACUGGCUGUCUCAGCAUUGGCCAUUUCCCUCCAUCAAGCCUGGAGAGACGCCGAAUUCCUUUUUUUUUUGCAUAAAAUUUAAUUCUUUGAUUAGCUAUACCUGUUGUCCCAGGUGUGAGGAGUUCACCACAACAAAGUUCAGGUGUCACUCGUGUUGAAUUUACUUGCAAAUGUGAUCAAUUUUAUUCUCUGUCUGAUUGUGAAUAAUUUAGCAGAAAGUGUGUGAUUGUUAUCAUCUUUACUCAGAACAGGACUUCAGCUGCUGUGCUGGUUAAAGCUUCAUCUCCUGCUGACUCUGUGCUGAUUACUGUAAUAAGUUAUGUUUUCUAACAAACUGCUGUGUUGGUUCUCUGAUUAAUGAUUCAACACACAAGCAAACACCCAAAAAAAUACACAAUGAGUCAUUCAGAGUAACUGUGGAAAGAGUCCCAAAGUGAACCAGAGUAAACUGGGGCAGCCAUCUGCCUCACCUGGUUGGAGGGGGCAGAGAGACACUACAGCAGAGAAGAUUUAAUACAUGCAUUUAACACAUGGAGAGCCACGUGAUCCAAACCCUGCAGUUUCUCUGGCAUCCAGCAGAGGCGCCACAGUGAGUCAAUCCCCACAGACUCCCAUGUUAAAUCUUUCCAGCAGAAAUAAACAUGUUUACAGCUGAUACAGAAACUGCUUUGGUCUCUAG